AUAUCAGCACUGCAGUCCUUGAAAGACUAGGAGACAUCAAGAUUUGUCAGCAUGAUGUCUCGGAGCAUCUCUGGGCUCCUCCGCCUUGGGCUGUCUCAAGCACACAGGGCCAGAGCCCAGGUUAUCUUUGUGACAACUGUUUGCAGUCCGGCACUGGCUGGCCUUCACCUGGGGAGAUGCUUCAGUACCAGCCACAGGCUUCAAUAUGUCCCCGCGGGGGGCACAGGAUCUACUGAGAAAGUGAAGUUAAAUUUUAUUAACCGGGAUGGAGAUAAAUUCUCAGUCACCGCUAAAGAAGGAGAAAGCUUGCUGGAGGUGGUGAUGAAUCAAAACAUCGACAUCGAUGGCUUUGGGGCAUGUGAGGGGGCCUUGGCUUGCUCCACUUGCCACCUCAUCUUUGAGGGCAGCACAUUUCAACAACUGGACCCCAUCAGUGACGAAGAGAUAGAUAUGCUGGACCUGGCAUACGGACUUACCGAGACGUCUCGUCUAGGCUGCCAGGUGCGCGUGAAGAAUUGGAUGGAUGGCCUCACGGUCCAGGUCCCCACAGAUGUGUCAGACAUCAGGAGAGAACUGGAAGUGGAGAAGCAAACCAAGCAAUAAUAGCUGACACAGUGUUCUCCUGAAUGCUCUUCCUACAAUGCAAUCAUUUCAGGCUUCAUGUUUCUUGAUCAUUUUGCUGUUGCUUGCUUUUCCUUGUGACUUCUUGAGAUGCCUUCUGUAUUUAAAACCUGCCAUGUGUACUGAAGUUCGAUAUUUGGCAUGACAUAUGUGAAAACUGCAUAGCAUGCCCUUGAUACUUAAAAGAUAGUUCUGGGGUCCUUAUGUCUCUGAACCUCAUUUUGCUGGUCUGUAAUACAUAUGACGGUGAAAUGGAAGCAACUUUUUGUUAACAAUGCUGGUGAUUCUUACUGUGAGCAAUGCGGGAACUGCCAAACUUUAUCAGCUAAGGUGAUGGGCAUCCCAGUCUUACGGUGUACUAUAAUACGCCAGUUCACAGCAGCCUUCGCUCUUUGACUAAUCAUAGAAACCCUGCAUCUGUUGCAGGAGGGACCAAUAGAUUGUUUCACUCAAAACCAACGUACAGUGGUACCUCGCAAGACGAAUGCCUCGCAAGACAAAAAACUCGCUAGACGAAAGGUUUUUCCGUUUG